AUGGAAGAAGUGCUUGUUAUACCUGACUGUUCUCCACAAUUGAAGCCCGUGGUUGGUCAGAAGUUCCAAUCCCUAGAUUUUGCUUUUGCGUUUUAUGAUGUGUAUGCCCGCGCCGUCGGUUUUGAUACGCGAAAACAAGGAAUGAGGAAGGCGGCGGACGGUGUAACUACUUGGUAUUCUGUCGUAUGCAACAGGGAGGGCAGCAAGAGGUCGAAUGAUGUGAAUGCACGAUCUGGUUUUACUAUUAAACGCAGGCGGUUGUCCAAGCGAUGUGGUUGCAAAGCAAGUAUAUCCUUCAAGUUCUUUUCUGGAGCAGUAAUUCUGGGAUAUAUUAUUCAGGAGUUCAAAGAGGUUCACAACAAUUAUAUGGUGGAGUCAGAGCAUCAGCAGUUCAUGACACUUAACCGGAAGUUAGAGGACGUACAUCACAAAUUCAUUCUGGACUGUUCCAAGGCUAAUAUAUGCCCCACACUUACCUUUAAGAUGGUGUUGGACGACAUGGCGAAGAAGAAGGAGCUGUCCGAUGCGUUCACAUAUCACUACGAAGUAAAUGAUGCUAACCAGUAUUGCAUGAUCUUCACACCUUUCACGGGAAAGGACAAUCAUGGAAAACCUGUAACAUUCGCUGCCGGAUUGGUGUGCAACGAGAAAACAGGGGCCUUUGGCUGGUUGUUCAAAUAUUUCGUCGAAUGCAUGGGUGUAGCACCCAAAAUGAUUGUAACCGAUCAAGACUUGGGCAUGAGAUCAGGUAUUCAAGAGGUUCUUGUAGGCACUCGACACCGAUGGUGUAUGUGGCAUAUAAUGCACAAGUUGGCUUCCAAGGUUCCAGGCAGGUUGCUUAGGGACGAAGAUUUCAAGAAGGAAUUCAAUGCAUACGUUUGGUCGGACUUGCUUGAACCCGACGAAUUUGAAGAGGAGUGGAAUGGAGUGAUUGAGCGUUAUGAGCUGGAAGACGUUGAUUAG